AGUUAGUUGAGUGGAGCUCGACCUGUGCGGAGCACGGAUGGAGGAGCUCAGCACCUUGACUGCAUCUCGUGAGGCUGAAAGAGGAGGAGGAGGCGUUUGAGCAGAGCUCUGCGGUUCCUUCCACCUUCUUUGGGGCGUCCCCACCCCCUCUGCUUCCUUUCUCGUUCUGUCCCUGCAGCUGAGGGACCGGAGCAGCACCAUCAGUUUUGACUGGUGGAAAGGAGGUGGCAGGGCCAUGAUCCCAGAGGACAUUCAAAGACUCCUUGAAGAUGCUGAGUGCUUCCUGGUGGAUGGACUGCAGAACGAAAACUUGAGCCCUAGAGCAAGGGAGCAGAGGAACACAAUUCUCUAUGGCUUCCAGCAAGCCAAAGCCAGGUACCACUUGGAGUUUCUGCCCCGAGGAGAGAAUCAGCACGAUGCUGGCUUUGGGCAGGACAGUUCUGAUGAAAAUCAGAGCUGGAGUUUGGCCCCUUCCGUGACAUCUGAAGUCUCACUGCCAUUGGACCUGCAGGAUGAUGGAAUGGAGGAAAUCACAACGAGGCCUGUUGAAGACACAGGAAACAUUCUGAAGCAAGGAUAUCUGGAGAAGAGGUCCAGAGACCACAGCUUUUUCGGGUCGGAGUGGCAGAAGAGGUGGUGUGUCCUCCACAGAAAGACCUUUUACUACUAUGCCAAUGAGAAAAGCAAGCAACCUAAAGGCACCUUCUCCAUUGAGCAUUAUAGCGCCCGGCUGGCUUUCCAUCUCCGCAAAGACUCACGCAGAAGAUGCUGUUUUGAAUUAGUCUGCCCUGGGAAACGCACCUAUGAGUUCACAGCCCCAAGUCCAGCAGAGGCUGAAGAUUGGGUGGAUCAGAUCCAGUUCCUCCUGAAGGCAGAUCUGAGCUCCCUCACUAUCCCAUACGAUGAGGAGGAGGAAGAGCUCUACAAUGACGUGGGGAGCUCUGACUCCGUGACCACAGCAUCUCACAACACUACCCUGAAUCAAGAUGACGGGAUGGAAGAAGAUGACAUCUACGAGGUUUUCCCAGAGAAGGACCCCAAUGUUCCUGAGGACAGCGAGGACGACGGCAGCGGGCAGCACCGCGGAAGGGAUUUUGCCAAUUACUACCAGGGCGUGUGGGACUGCAGCGGUGAGCACCCCAACGAGCUCUCCUUCCACCGCGGGGACCUCAUCUACAUCCUGAGCAAGCGUCAUUGAUCUUCUGUGCGAAGCGAGGUGAUGAAUGGCGUUCCCGGAGCCCAGAGGGGUUGUUUAUGAGAGCUGGCAAAGGAGUGUAAAGGCAAGGAGGGCUUGGGAGUGCUGCUCGGGGGUACAUUUCAACCCCACGGAGAGCCCACAGAGCCUCAGCAAGAAGAGAAGAGUGGGAUGGGGCACUUGGAGCUUCCCAAAGAGCAUGGAGGUGUCCCCAGCUGGCUUUGUUCAUGGGUUUGGUGGCAGUGGUUUGUGGUUGGGGUUUGGCUUGGUUUGGGUUUUGGGUUUGUUUCUUUUUUGUGGUGGUUGUCUUGUUUCAUUUCCCCUCUGUCCUCUUCUUUUUCCCUUGCGGAUGGAGCUCAGCAGCAUCAAUCCUUUUAUGGGCUGCCAUAAGAGCCCCCGAUUGCUGGUGAUUAUCAGAACGAGUGUCUGCUUUUGGCUUCCAUUGGCACCAGAG